AUGGAUGAUGAGCAUCGAUCUCCUGGUGAAAAAAUAGAUACAAUUUUAGCACUGAAAGAUAGCAAUAAAGAAUUUUCAGUUAUAGAAGUAACUGGUCCUCCUUCUAAAAAUGACUGGUCACAUUUUAUAGAAGAUCAAUUAAAAAUUUCAAAAUCAUUAAAAACAUUGAUAAAUAAGCUUGUAAGAUAUACCCCAAGCUUCAACAUUCAAAAUAUGAGCUUGUAUGGAACACAA